AUGUCAACCAUGUCUUCACAGCCAAAAGCUAGAUCUCGAUCUCGUUCCAGAUCAAGAUCCCGCUCCAGGUCCAGAUCAAAGAGCCCCGGUGCCCGAAAGAUGGCGAAGACGGGAACCGCAAAAGUUCGAAGGCCUAGAGCGAAAAAGGCCGCACCCGCGGCUCAUCCGCCGUACAUUACGAUGAUUUCUACAGCUAUUACAGCCCUGAAAGACCGAGGCGGUUCAUCACGGCAAGCCAUUGAGAAGUAUAUCAAGGCCAACUUCAAAGUGACCGGUGAUACUUCGACCCAUCUAAAGAUGGCUUUAAAGCGAGGUGUUGCGUCGGGGAAGCUGUUGCACACAAAAGGCACUGGUGCUUCGGGAUCUUUCAAGGUCAACAAAGCCGCUGCUACACCAAAAAAGCCGAAGAAGAGACCAGCAGCCAAAAAACCCAAGAAAAAGGCUGGGACUCCUAAGAAGAAGAAAGCUGCUAAGAAGACCGUAGCAAAGAAAGCAACGAAGAAGAAGACCACGACCAAAAAGGGCAAGUCCCCAGCUAAAAAGAAGGCUGCUAAGAAACCAAAAUCAGCCGCCAAGAAGAAAACGAAAAGCCCAAAGAAGCGAGCAGCGCCAAAGAAGAAGGUGGCUAAAAAACCCAAGACAAAAGCCGCGAAAUAA